AUGUCCGGACAGAAUGGAAUCAAUGGCUACACGCAAUCCGGCCCAACCUUCAACUCCAAAACCAAAGCCCUCACCAAACUCCUCACACGGCAAUUCCCCCCCACACACCCCAUCUACCCCGGCGGCAUCCAGCUACUCUACCCCACAGCCCCCAUCCCACUCCUCCCCAGCGAUAUCCCCGGCUACACUCCCUCCUCCCCAUCCUCUCCCUCUUCCCUCGCCCCUCCAUCCGCCUACGGAUGGUGGAAACGUGAAACCGGCGGUUCCCGCUACGCCUUCAUCGAUCAAGGCCUCUCAACCAUCGCGACCAGCAUCCGCGACGCCGGCGGAAUCGACGGAGUAAUUGGAUUUUCGCAGGGGGCAUGCGCCGCAUUUUUCGUCGCAAGUCUAUUAGAAGGGAAUCGGGAGAGUGCAUUUGCGCUGCAGGGAGUGAAGACGCCUGAAACGGCACUUGCAUACCCCGAAUUUUUUACCUCGCUCAAGCGCGAUUUGAAUCAUCCGCCGCUUAAAUUUUGUGUAUCUUAUUCUGGAUUCUAUGCGCCGUAUGAGGGGUACACGGCGUUUUACCAGCCAGCAUUGAAAACGCGGGUUUUGCAUGUUAUUGGGACUUUGGAUACGGUGGUGGAUGAGCAUAGGAGUAUGGCGCUCGUGGAAGCGAGUGAGGAGGGGAGUAGGGAGGUAUUAUAUCAUCCGGGAGGACACUUUGUGCCGAUGGGGAAGGAGUUUGGGAAUGUGGCUGUGGGGUUCAUAGUUAAGUGUUUGAAGGAGAAGAAGGUGGCUGUGGAGGAGAGGGUCGAGGAUAUGGAUGUGCCGUUUUAA